ACUAAGUUCGGAAAGAAUAGGAGGAAGUGUGCCUGCCAUUUAGCCAAACAACCUUUAAUUCAUUGAGCUCAAAGCUUAGCAGCUUCACAGUCGUCGUUAGGCGUAAACAGCUGGCAAAUUUCAAUUUUUUUCUCUCUCCCCGCUUUUGAACUGGAUUUAGGCAAUGGAAGUGGUGACAGCAUUUUAGAAGAAAGAACAAGUAUCUUCAGGUGUUUAGACACGUUAAACUUGGGAGGGGUCGAUGAAGUGGAAAGAAAAACACAAUUCAAUUGAGGGAUGAGCUUUGAUUGCAUGUCUGCCAAUUAAGGGCGGCGGGAUUUAUCAGGAGGCGCAUGUGACUGGUUAAGACACAGAGCCCCAGCCUGGAGGAAACAGCUGCUCACAGCGUGCUCGGCCCUUGGCAGCAGGACAGGCGGGUGCUGAUGUGAGGAACACCGCACAAAACCACCCCAGUCUCAACCUAGAAGUCUGCAACAGGUAUUCAGAAGAAUUCUGAAAAUUUCCCCUUGGAUGUCUCAGAUGUCUCGAACUCAACAUGGUUCUUCAAAGCACUUACAAUUCAAGUUGAACAAACCCGUUCUACAGUCUGUUCCCUCAAUGCAUUUUCCAAUGAUGAUAAAUGCCCUUAAAAUUCUUUUGGACCUGGAAACCUAUGUGUGUGAAAACGAUAGAAUUUUCUUAAAGUACAUCUAAGAACAGAGGCCACCACUAGGCACUAACAUCACCAACUUGCAUGAUUAUGGAGAUGGCCUAUCUGAUGCUGAACAUGUUUCUAUUCUUUUGACAACGGCUAAAUAACCAUGGGGUCAAGCGGCCUUGGGAAAGCAGCAACAUUAGAUGAACUGCUGAGCACUUGCAUUGAAAUGUUUGAUGACAAUGGAGAGCUGAAUAAUAGUUAUUGGCCAAGAAUAGUUCUACUGAUGCACCGAUGGUAUUUAUCUUCAACUGAAUUGGCAGAAAAACUUCUCUGCAUGUAUCGAAAUGCCAGUGGAGAAAACUGCGAUGAAUUUCGAUUAAAGAUCUGCUACUUCAUGAGGUACUGGAUUCUGAAGUUUCCUGCAGAGUUUAAUCUGGAUCUUGGCUUGAUUCGUAUGACUGAGGAAUUCCGGGAAGUAGCUAGUCAACUAGGAUAUGAAAAACACAUCAGCCUCAUUGACAUAUCCAGCAUUCCUUCCUACGACUGGAUGAGAAGAGUCACACAGAGGAAAAAAGUAUCCAAGAAGGGAAAAGCUUGUCUGCUGUUUGACCAUCUGGAGCCCAUUGAAUUGGCUGAGCACCUCACUUUUCUGGAGCAUAAAUCUUUCAGAAGGAUCUCAUUCACUGAUUACCAAAGCUAUGUCAUCCAUGGCUGCCUGGAGAAUAACCCAACCUUGGAGAGAUCUAUUGCUUUGUUUAAUGGAAUCUCUAAGUGGGUCCAGUUGAUGGUUCUUAGCAAACCAACCCCCCAGCAAAGGGCAGACGUCAUCACGAAGUUUAUCAAUGUUGCAAAGAAGCUCCUUCAGCUCAAAAAUUUUAACACCUUGAUGGCUGUGGUGGGAGGCCUUAGUCACAGUUCCAUUUCACGCCUCAAAGAGACCCAUUCUCAUCUUUCUUCAGAAGUUACAAAGAACUGGAAUGAAAUGACAGAGUUGGUGUCCUCCAACGGCAAUUACUGUCAUUACCGCAAGGCCUUUGCCGACUGCGAUGGCUUCAAAAUCCCCAUCCUUGGAGUACACUUGAAAGACUUGAUAGCAGUCCAUGUCAUUUUCCCAGACUGGACAGAGGAGAACAAAGUGAACAUUGUGAAAAUGCACCAGCUCUCCGUUACCCUGAGUGAACUGGUCUCCCUGCAGAGUGCCUCUCACCACUUAGAACCCAACCUGGAUUUAAUCAACCUGCUCACCCUUUCUCUGGACCUCUAUCACACAGAAGAUGAUAUUUACAAACUGUCACUGGUGCUGGAACCCAGAAAUUCUAAAUCGCAGCCUACCUCUCCGACAACGCCCAACAAGCCUGUGGUGCCCCUGGAGUGGGCAUCAGGGGUAAUGCCAAAGCCGGACCCCACGGUCAUCAACAAGCACAUAAGGAAAUUAGUUGAGUCUGUGUUUAGAAACUAUGAUCAUGACCAUGAUGGGUACAUCUCCCAAGAGGACUUUGAAAGUAUAGCUGCCAAUUUUCCCUUCUUGGAUUCCUUUUGUGUGCUGGACAAAGAUCAGGAUGGCUUAAUUAGUAAAGACGAAAUGAUGGCUUACUUCUUGAGAGCUAAAUCCCAACUGCACUGCAAAAUGGGACCAGGAUUUGUCCAUAAUUUUCAGGAGAUGACCUAUCUCAAACCAACCUUCUGUGAACACUGUGCAGGAUUUCUCUGGGGCAUAAUCAAGCAAGGAUACAAAUGCAAAGACUGUGGAGCUAAUUGUCACAAACAGUGCAAAGACCUCCUGGUUCUGGCCUGCAGGAGAUUUGCCCGGGCACCCUCGUUGGGCAGUAGUCAUGGGUCACUGCCUGGAAGCCCCUCGCUGCCCCCAGUGCAGGAUGAAGUGUUUGAGUUUCCCAGGGUCACUGCUGGACACCGAGACCUGGACAGCAGAGCUAUCACACUGGUUACAGGCUCUUCUCGCAAGAUCUCUGUAAGACUACAGCGGGCUACCACCAGCCAAGCCACCCAGACUGAACCUGUCUGGUCAGAGGCUGGCUGGGGGGACUCAGGGUCCCACACCUUCCCCAAAAUGAAAUCCAAGUUCCAUGGCAAAGCAGCAAAGGACAAGGGCUUUGCCAAGUGGGAAAAUGAGAAACCCAGGGUGCAGGCUGGCGUGGAUGUCAUAGACCGGGGCACUGAGUUCGAACCUAACCAGGAUGAAGGAGAGGAGACCAGACAGGACAGUGAGGAUGGCUGACUUUGGGCUGAGGAAACUGAAAGCAAUAAUGUUGGCUUUUGGAAAGAGCAAGAUGAGAAACUCUGAAGAACACUCCAACUAUCAGGAAGUCAUCUGGAAAGAUGUCUGGACAUUUACUGCCUCGUGACAUCGUGGGGUCUCCGUGAUUAGACUAUGGCACAGAGGAAUUACUCUGUGAACUAUUUAUUUCCUUCUCCCCUGGCCCUAGUUAGGAGCCACAAAGACUGUGUUACAUGGUCAGUAGUUUUCUCAUGUGUCUUUCUCUAGAACCAUUUAUAUACGGGUGAAAUGAAAACUUUUGUGCAUGUACUUGAUACUCAUUCUCUAAACUCAGACUUUGCUUUUUUUUCCCCCUGAGAAUAUUAUUUCAAUAUUUUUAUAGACCUUGGUGUGUGGGGAAGGGAAAUUUAACAAGGAGUGGAUUUAGAGGUCUUUUGGUGUACUUUUUGGAUGGGACCAGGACUAAACAUUUUCCUGACGGACAAGGAAGCUCUUCAGAUCCUGGAAUGCAGUGUGGUUCUUCUAAUGAUGACAAGUUGCAAGGAGAAGCUGUUUACAUUGUUCCCACCAUAUGGUUGCUAUGAUGUGUAACAAGUCACACGUGUAUAUAUAUUACAUAAGUCUCAUCAGUUCUGCAGCAUUAGGAAGCUAUGACACAGCCGUGAAAGCUCUCCUGAUAUUUACAACAGCCGCAGGGGAAAAUUAACUAUAAUUGUCCCAUCUGACUGGGUUCAGCUAUCUUAAGAUUUCCUGAAACAGGAAUAGCAAUUAAGAAAUCAGUUCAAGUUUUUGAGGAUAAAAUUUAGCAGAAAAACAAACCAUCAAACAAACUGCUAGGUGAAAUGCAAAACAACCACCAAUUUUUAAAAACCUAAAGUAAUUUGAGGAAUUUUGUUUGUUUAAAAAAUUUUUUUUUCAUUGUGAAAGAGAACUCAUGUUCUUCCUAAGGAAUUUCAUCUAUAAUUAAAGGUUAUGCAUAGAAAGAAUAUCAUCACAAAUCAUCUUGGAUUACAAUUUUACUUAAACUUUAAAAAUAUCAGUAUUUAAAAUAUCAUCCUUUGACCUAAAAUAACUAGCUGUGGGUCUACUUAUUACAUGAUUAGAGAAGAGAGAACUCGAUUCAAGAUGUUCAGAAAUAGACAUGGGAUUGAGCCUGUACAUGAGGGGAAUGAUUUGCUACCAAGUGACCAGUCAGAAACUGUAUUUCACAGAGGUGCACUGAUCUGCGUGUGGGGGCUAAAGUAUGUAUGGUCUAUCUAAAACAGAAUUUGUUUCUAUUUGGUGCAAUCACUUCAGUAAAGUUUGUCUUCUCUCUUUUUCCUCCGUUGAGGUCAAUUGAGGACAGUUCUGCUCAGCAAGCGUGUUGAGCACUUGCUCUGGGCAGGGCCCAUGGUAGAUGCACAAAGACAAGCAACACGUGGUUUUGGCCCUUGGGAGCUGAGAGCUUGUGGGCAUGAAGGCAAAGUGGUUCCAGUGAUUUAAACUAUGGUUCCAAAUUUGCUAGAACUGACUUAUUGUGCCAAAUAGAUUCAGAGACUGGAAAUACUGUAAAUUAAAUGAAGUUAUUAGUGGAGGGAGCCGUGAUGGACGUAGAUGAUAAGAGAGCUCACUCACUCACCAUUUGUGAGCACCUCAAAGGGCAAACAGUCAUGCCUAGGUGUUGGUUCCAUGUAGAUACACUAUCUACUCCUAUUCAUAAAUGCAAUGAAAUACAUGUUAACUAAUUAAGAACAAAAAAUGGCAAUUUAAGUACUUUAAAAAGUUUUUAAAAAAAAUUUGAAGAAAAUUCAGGCUGAAACUUGUUAAUAAAUGUUGGACUGUACUUUUUCUUCUCAAGGUAAUUAUUUCACUUGCCCCUUAGUUUGGGUAUUUUUGCGUGUUUAUAUACAGUGUAUUAGUCCAUUUCUGUUGUUUAUAACAGAAUACAUGAAACUGGGUAAUUUGUAAAGAAACACUAUCACCACUUACAGUUUUGGAGGCUGGCAAGUACAACGUCCAGGGAACUCACCUGGUUAGGGCUUUAUUCUUGUGGAUGACUCUAUUCUACAACUCAGGGUGUCACAUGGUGAGAGAGGCAGAAGCAAGAGAGAGCUAACUCCUCACUGGCUCUCCUUUUAAAGCCCUCAGAACCACACCCACGACCACCAUUAAACCCUCAAUGGAUUUAUCCAUUCACUAGGGCAUGGUCCUCACAAUCUAAUUACCUCUUCAAGGCCCCACCUUUCAAUUACCAUAAUAGGAUUCCCUGCCCUUUUAACACUGUCACAGUGGGGACCAAGGCUCAAUAAGUUUGGGGGUACAUCCAAUUCACAGCAUAUAGGAAGAGUUUUGUCAGCCUUUCUGUGACAAAGAUACUAAAUGUAGUCUGAGUAAAAACUAAACACAAACCAAAAACAAAACAAAUAUAAAUGUAUAUAUGUAUAUAAAUUACAUGUGUGUGUACAUUGUGUGUACUCAUACACACACACACAAACACAACUAUUAUUACUUUGCUGAAGAGGAAUUUGAGUCCAUAACAAAACUGCUUUAUAAUUUUGAUUGUAUCAUUUACUCAUGACCCAUGGUGACUGAUAUUUCCAAUCUAUCAAUUUCUCACAAUCAGUAAAAUAAACAAAAUAAGCAAACCCAUGAUGGAGCAAGAAGAAUUAUUAUAGUUAGUUCCUCCAGAUCUGUGUUUUAUAGGUUUGAUGAUUACUAUCACCUUUAAAAGGAAAAGCAAAAAUGAAGCCAAACUCUUAACAGUGAAUUUAUUAGGUCCUAGGGCAGGAUUUGUUAGAUGCUUCAACUGAGUCUUCAUUGAAGGAUGUGCAAAUUCACUGAUGCUUUUUCAGAUUUGCCUAAACCAGAGCAUCCAUAAUUGGUGUUUGAACACUUUAUGUUAACUGGCUGCCUCCAGAUGCAAUAAUGUCCCCAGAUUUCCACUGUAGCAGAGUCUCUCCAAUGGUCUGAGGGGUUGGCUAUUUAAAAGUGAAGGCAGGACUCCUACAGAAGGGAGCACCAAACUGUUACUCAUGGUAGGAAGCUUAAGUAUGCCUAAGAUAACCACAUUAAUUUUGCCAAAAUAUACAAGACUCUAGAAUUGAGAUAGGAGAUGCUCAGUUUCCAUGGGUUCAGGUUUCAGGACCCACCUCUGGGUUUCAAGCCACUCCCUAAUGUCUCAAGUGCUUUCUCAAGGCCUUCCCCUAGAGGAGAGUUAUUGUUGCUUGUUGGAACUAUUUUUGUAUACCAACAUGGGAGAUUGAGACCACAACGGGAGGACUUGUGCAGAUCCAGGGAGGGCUGGGUGUGCUUGGUAGAAAGGAAUCAUAUAACUCUGGUAGCUGAGCAUGCUCAGUAAAAGGAAUUUAUUCAGGCUUAUAUGACCCCAGUGACUGAGCAUGCUCAGCGGAAGGGAGUUUAUCCUUUGAAUGACCUUCCAUUGGAGGAGCUAAAGAGCAUGGAAUAUUCUUGAAAAUGUCUGAGACGUGAUGGGAUUUGACCAAUGAAAAUGCCCUGAAAGGAGACCAACUGAGGCAUGUGUAGGACUAUAUUAAAUAACAGGGAACCACCCCCUUAGUUGAAUAUUCAUUAGACAGCAUGAAUAUGUAUUAGAUAGCAAAACUAUAAAAGUGGAAUCCUGGUAGUAGGUGGGGCUGUUGCUCACUCUCUCUGGGGCCAGCUUGCACUCUGCCUGAGGAUGUGUACUUUCUUUUUGCAAUAAACUUGCCUUUAGCAGGCUGCUAUUCACUCCGGAGCCAUCCUGCACUUUGCCUGUGAAUGUGUAUUUCUUACUUUUGUACUAAAUUUGGUGCAGCCCUGCUCAGUCUCUGGAGCUAGACUGCACAUUCCCUGUGAAGUCUGUAUCUCUUAUUCGUUACAUUAAACCUGUUCGCACUUUC